GGAGGAGGGACGGAGGACAAGGAGGGCAGGCGCCAGCCAGAGCUGCCGGCAUCAGUGGCAGGGACUGUCCCAGGCGGCUGGACGUCCAUCUCCUCCACCUGGAGAGUGCCUGGUCCUGCAGCAGUCUGUAGGGCAUCGUGCUGUAUGAGCCUGUAUGCUAGUGUCCUGGGUGUGUUGUCCCUGCAGCUGCUGUGUGUCUGGGUCUUGGGCACCAUGGCCUCUGCAGUAGGCUCCAGCCUCCUCCUCUCCCUGCUGCUGCUCCUGCGGCCUGUGCCUGUGCCAGCCCUCUCUGUGUCCCUGCCUACCACCUUCCUGGAGGACAUGGGGGGCAGUGGGGAUGCAGAGGGUUCGUCGGCCUCCUCCCCCAGCCCCCCACCGCCCUGGACCCCAGGCCUCAGCCCCACAUCAGGGGAACCCCAGCCCACCGUCCUGGAGGGCCCAUCGCCCCCCACCAACUUCCUGGAUGGCAUCGCAGACUUCUUCCAGCAGUACGUGAUGCUCAUUGCCGUGGUGGGCUCGCUGGCCUUCCUGCUGAUGUUCAUCGUCUGUGCUGCGCUCAUCACACGGCAGAAGCACAAGGCCACCGCUUACUACCCAUCGUCCUUCCCCAAGAAGAAGUACGUGGACCAGAGUGACCGGGCUGGGGGUCCCCGCGUCUUCAGUGAGGUCCCCGACAGGGCUCCUGACAGCCGGACUGAGGAGGCUCUGGACUCCUCCCAACAGCUGCAGGCUGACAUCCUGGCGGCCACCCAGAACCUCAAGUCUCCUGCCAGGGCUGCCCUGGGCAGCAGUGGGGAGGGAGCCCGGCUGGCAGAGGGCAAGGUUGAGGAAGGGGCACAGGGCAGCCAGGAGGUGGCCUUGGAUGCCCAGGCAUGUGGGGUUCCUGAGGAGAAACCUGUGGUCCUGGAGGGGUCAUGCUCAGCUGUGGCUGAGGGCACGCCAGCAGCCAGCAAGGGCCCAGAGGAACCAGAAUGGUCUUUCCCUUCAAGCCAGGAAGCCCAGGGACCAGCGGGUCCCCCUGAAAACCCCUGUGCAUGCAGCAGUGCCUCCCCCAGCAUCUAACAGCCCCCAGAGUUGCUGGCCUUGACUGUUGGGCCCCUGUGGUCACCUCCUUGGGCAUGCAAAGGUCUUUAGCCCUGACUGCUUCCUCGCACCCCUUGUGGCCACCUCCUGUGGCAACCCCAGUGGAUCCUGUCCUGCAGCAGCUGGAGAAGCUGGCCUGUGGUUCACCCAGGAAUCCCUCAAGGGUCGGCAGCACUCAAUGCCUGUGCGUACCUGUGGGCUCCACCCCAGCGCCAGGCUCUCAGGGGAGGUGGAGGACAGAUGCGUGCCCAUGAGAGGCAUGAGCAAACUGCCACAGCAUCAGCCAUAUGGGACAGGGGAUGCGGUCAUAGGUCCCCUGCGAGGAGGCAGAUGAUCUAGGAGCUUGAGGAGCGACUGGGUGGGUGCACUGGGGCACCUCGGGCCAGCAAAGCAGAAGCAGCCUGGGUGAUGCCACCCAUCCUUUGAGUCUCCCUAAACCUGAAUCUUUCAGGGUUGCUCCACACUGCCUCCCCACCUGAGCCCCACCCAGUGGUCUCUAGGCUCUGAUGGGCCACACAGCAAAGGCUCCUUUUGGACUGGGUUUGGAGCUUGACUUAGCCUUUCUGACCUUUUUAUUUGUACUUUUGGUUGUAACCCAGGUCCUGGGGCAUGCGAGGCAAGGGCUGUACCACUGGGCUACAGCUCUAGCACUGCUCUUUUUAAAAAUAACUGUAAGAUCAGAUCCCGCAAAACUCACUCUGGAAAGUACUGCUCUUAUUUUCCUGAGGGUGCCCCCAAGUUCUGUUUGGUUCAGAGCUGGGAUGUAGGGUGUUGGGAUUGGGUUUCCCGAGCUACCCCUACUUGGGUUUGAAUUUCUCACCACAGUACUGCUUCUGGGCUGAAGCACAAGCAUUGAGCCCUGUCUGCCUGUCAGACCCUCAAAGCAGCCCAAAGCUAGGGGGUUGUGCUCGAGGGGACCCCCAUUUGGUUUCUGACACCCAGCCUGGAGCAGGGGGCGCUGGCCACUGGCCCUUUGCUCACAAACAAGGGCUGGCAGCCUGUGCCCACAGCACCCUUCUGUCCUUGACAGGGAGCCUGCACUCCAUCCUGUUUGGGGGAAUCUUGAGAGGGGCUUCUGGCCCGCUCCUCUGCGUGGGGCUUCCCCAACCUCUGCGCAGCCCUGCAGGCACUGAGCUGAGAUAUAACACACCGGCAUAAUAAACCUUGA